AUGGAAAGAAGAAACACUGUUUCAAAAACAUAUGGAAGCUCGAAUAAUGCAGCAAGAAUAGAUACUUCUAAGUUGUCUUUAUAUCCACUGCCUGGUGAUAUGCUAGCAGACCUUUAAGAUGCUUUUACAUUCUAUGACAAAGAGGAUACAGGCUACAUUACAAUCGCUCAUUUUAGAAACAUCCUGCAUAACUUUGGCUUUCAUAAUAUGUCUAAAAAGGAAAUUGAUGAUGAAUUAAAGAGAGCUGAUUCUCAGUUCUUAUAGAAAUAGUCUGUUGAUAUAGACACAGUCAAGUUAGUUAUAGGUUAUAGGUGGAAUAAAGGUGGAAAAGAAGAGGAGGCUAAAGAAUCGUUUCAUCUCUUCGACAAGAGAGACAGAGGCUACAUAAAUGUUAAUGAAGUGAAAACAGUGCUAGUUAACUAUUUGGAUUUUCCAGUAAAUGAUAAUGACAUAUAAGAAUUUAUGCUUUAAUGUGAUCCAAAUAGUUCAGGGCAAGUAGGAUUCAAAGAUUACGCUAAACUUUAUUUAUCUUGA